CGGCGAAGAACGGCAUGGCGGCUUGAGAGGCGGUGAAUCGGGUGUGGUACGAAAUUGGUAGGGUAGGAAGCCGGGUUCUGUUGAGGGUCUUUCCCCUAGACUUCUUGUUUAUUACUACUACUACUACUACCUCCUCCACCCCGCGCUCGCGCUGCCACGAGGACUGCUGCUCUGUAGGAAGGAGUGAGGGCAUCCCAAUGUUCGCCUCAUUGUUGCGCUCGAAGAAGAGUAGUCGGUCGUCUGAGACUACGCCCCUACUUGCAGCAAUACACAAGUACCGCAACCGCCACGACGAGGCGUCUGAGGGCGAUGACGACUACGAAGAAGAUUUAGGACAGUACGAUGGCGAGGUUGACGACGAAGACGAAGAACGUCGGCGCGACGGUCCGUUGCUGCCAGUCUUCUCUUCAGAGUUCCUAGACCGCAUUCCCAUCUACAACAACACCCACGCCAUACGCACAAUUGUCGUCCAGCGGUGCGAAACAACUCUCAGCUGGGACCAACUGCGCUCGCCGCAGGUUUCGCAGUUUCUCGUCAAGCCCAUACAACAGCAGAUCCGCGCAGAGCAUUUCUCACGCGGUGCUCUAUACUGCUUGGUAGCAAACUGCCUCCAAUUCAGGAAGGAGGGAGAGGCAAAUCCUGGAAAUGUAGGAGUCAGCAAGACGCGGGCGCUCCUGUGUGAGCUGCUGGCUAUGCGGCUGCUCAAAGAGUUCUCCACGCGAGAGCUGAUUGAUGCGCUGAGCUACGAUUACGACCCUCUGCAAGGCCUCGAGACACCUCCAGGUGGCGCAAACUGGGCGCGUCAGGGACAGCGUGAUGCGCGCAUCUCUGCGUUGGAGAUCGCUAUUCGCGCUCAAGCCAAGAAGUUCCUCGCCCAUCCCUUGGUUGUGCAGCAGCUGGAGGCUAUCUGGGCUGGCACGAUCGUCUUCCACUCCGUCGCUGACAGUCUUCACCGCAAACCUGACUCUUCCCACAGCCGCAGCGACCCUCCGAGUGAUGAGCUUUCUCCCGUUAGAGGGCCAUCGCGCCGUCUGCCACCGCCCAAGCAGUCCAAUGCCGAGCUGCCAGCCUCAGCGCUCAUGAGACGGACAGUGACCCUCUACGAUCCCCACGACUCUUCGCUCUUCAAGCUCUCCCGUCUUCGAGUUCCCCGCUACCGCAAUCUCUUCUCGACCCUCUCCUUCGGUAUCAUGCUGGGCCUGUUCCUGGCUGUACUUGCUGAGAAAUCGGACGACAUCACGGUUCUGGAAGUCAUCUUCUGGUUCUGGAGUGCUGGAUACAUGUUGGACGAGAUCGUUGGAUUCUCUGAACAGGGCUUUGGACUGUACAUCAUGAGCGUCUGGAAUGCCUUCGAUCUUGGUAUCUUGCUGAUGUUCAUGGCAUACUAUAUCCUCCGUCUGUACGGUAUCCUCAUGCCGGACGUCAGCCGUCACCAUGUGGCUAGCAUGGCGUACGACGUCCUGGGAUCGACUGCAGUGCUUCUGUUUCCUCGUCUCUUCUCAGCUCUGGACCACUACCAAUACUUCUCCCAGCUGCUCAUCGCCUUCCGAAUGAUGGCCAUGGACCUGGUCGCCAUCCUGGUCCUCAUUGUCAUUGCCUGCAGUGGCUUCUUCGUCGCUUUCAGUCUGGCUUUUGGCAAGGAGAUUGGAGCCUCGAAUGCUGCAUACGCCAUCUUCCAGCUGCUCAUGGGUUUCACACCAGCAGCGUGGGACCUUUGGACGGAGUAUAACAUCUUAGGCAAGGCUUUGUUAGCCUUGUUUCUCUUCAUGUGUCAUUUCCUCAUCGUCACCAUACUGAUUACAGUGUUGACGAACUCGUUCAUGAAGAUCGUCCAGAACGCCAACGAGGAGCACCAGUUCCUCUUUGCGGUCAACACCAUCUCGAUGGUCAAGUCUGACGCUCUCUUCUCAUACAUUCCUCCAACAAACAUCGUAGGCUGGCUCCUUAUCCCGCUCAAGUACAUGAUGCCAUUCAAGAAGUUCAUCCGCAUGAACAGACUCGUCAUCAAGCUGACACAUAUUCCGAUCCUGUUCACGAUCUUCGUGUACGAAAGGCUUCUUCUCUCAAAUUUGGCUUACGGACCUACCGACCUGGUCGAGAACCGCGGACGCCCUGGGACUGCAUCACCUAUAGUGCCAGCCUUCAGCAUCCGCGGCGCUGUUGAAUCUUUCAACCCUCGACUGCGCGAACCUUCCAUCACAACUUUCCACAAAGAUCGCGCUCUGGAAGAGGUUUUCCGCCGACCUUACCGUGACACUAGCGUCCAAGCGCCCUCAAACUAUCCUUCUGGUCGCAGGAAUUCAAGCAAUGUAGUAUCAGACUGGAUGAAGAAGAUGAGCAAUGAUGAAGAGGUUACCCCACCGCAGGAGGAUGCCCAAUCAGUCCUUGAUCGUCUCGAGUCCCGCGCCAGGCCAUAUCUGCGCCGCUCGAACACCGCUGGUCAGCCUAGGCGAAGGCAUCCGCUUUCCUUCACUAGAAGUGUAGCCUCGGAUCCGGAUGAGAGCUUUGUAACUUUCCCUCGUCCGAUUCUGGAGGAGGAAGAGCCCAAUAUGGACGAUGACAUACCACAACAGACUGACGCGGAUGGAGACGAUGAGUUGUUGACCCAGGCCGAAGAUAACGAUUCCAACUCAGACCGCCAGACUACCCCGAAGAACCUGCCAAUGUCCGACAAGGAGAACAAGAAGCCAAAAUCGGGCUACGCAACAUCCGAAGACGAGUUCUUCCGCACGCCAAUGGUAGCCAAGCCGAAGACACCUGCACGCACUCCAGCGAGAGCAUCUUCACCAUCAGACACCAGCGCACCUGGUGGCCAAGGCAUGUCGCCUAGCAGGAAGAACAAUCCGGGACACACUCGCAAUACCUCUACAAGCACCAUCUUAUUCAGCCCAACGAAGGAAACGAUUGAUGUGUCACGCCCUACUUCUCCUGAGAAGCGACUGAAGCUGGGCUCUCGUAGCGGAACGGCCACACCGGGUCGUCUCGACGGACCCAUGUUGUCUGGUAUGAAAACACCAAAGCGCCCACAACCCGUGAGCCACAUCAGCCACGCCUCAGCCUCUCGGACGCGCGCAAUCAUGCCUCCCGAUACAGGUCGAAAGACACCCAAUCUGUCGAACUUCCUUGCUCUGGAACGUCAAAAUCGCACUCCCUCCUUCAACGCUGUGGCGCUCGACCUCGCUUCCGAUCUUGGUGACAACAAUAACAACCCCAACUUCGGCAACCUGAACACCAUCCCUGCCUCUUUUACAACCCAGUUCGAACUCGCAGCGCGAGCUAGAGCAGAAGCACGCAUGGAGCGUAAGGGCAGCGAUACUGAAUCGGAUUCGAACCGCAUGAGUAGGAUCAUGCUAGCCAGGAUGACAACACUAGAAGAGGGCUUCCGCGACGUGCUGAAGGAAGUCAAGGGCCUGAGAGUAGGAGACUCGAGCACGCCGGGCAGUCAGCGCGCACACACGCCGCCCAACGAACGUAACGAACACAUCAAAAAGAAAGGAAAAGCGAAGAAGAGAAACAGCAAGAAGGACAGUGGGGAGGACAAAUUUGGAUUGAGCGUUUAGACGCGACGUAACGAUGCAUUGAGCGUGAUUUGAGAUUGAGGUUGCCUUUGCGCACCAGCAUGGCUUGCAGGUUGGGAGCGGCCCUUUUGCAUUGCAUUGCUUGCGUUGUCUUAUAGUAUUACGAUGUUUUCGGUCUGAUGAUUAUGGCUUUUCUUUCGCGAGAUACCCCUUUAGGGCUUUGCGUCUGAGAUGCGGCGUUGGGUGAGGCUUUGGCUUUGUGUGAGUUGUAUUGUUAUGAGCUGUUUUGUAUAGCUUGUAUAGGAGCGUAAUGAUGAAGCAC